AUGAAUUUCACCUUCUACUAUUACACGCCGUCAGCUGCGGCUGCAGGCAUCUUUACUGCUUUAUUUGGGCUGAGCAGCCUCAUGCACUUUUACCAGCUCGUCCGAACCCGCACAUGGUUCAUGAUUCCAUUCUUGAUCGGAGCGAUCCUCGAGACUAUUGGUUACGUUGGACGCCUUCUAUCCUCCCUCGAAUCCCCUGGUUUUACGAAAGGGCCGUAUAUCAUGCAAAGCGCUCUGAUCCUAAUCGCACCGGCUUUUCUUGCUGCGAGCAUUUACAUGACCCUUGGACGCAUUAUCUAUAUGCUUGAUGCAGAGAAAUGUUCUUUCAUAAGCCUCAAAUGGCUCACCAAGAUAUUUGUUACUGGCGACGUCUUAUCUUUCUUGAUGCAAGCUUCAGGUGCGGGCCUUAUGGUCUCAAAUUCAAAUGACCCAUCCACCGGUGAACACGUCAUCAUCGGCGGUCUCUUCGUGCAAAUCAUCUUUUUCGGCUUUUUUAUGAUCAGUGCGGUGAUCUUCCAGAGCCGUAUCACUAGAAACCCAACAGCACGGUCAAUUGAGCUGGAAAAUAUCUGGCGUCGCCAUAUGUUUUCGCUCUAUAUGGCUAGUUUAUUGAUUCUUAUUCGCUCAAUUGUACGUGUGGUUGAGUACCUACAAGGCUAUGAUGGAUACUUGAUGAAGAAUGAGGUCUUUAUCUAUGUAUUUGAUGCUCUCUUGUUGUUUGUGACGGUACUACUCAUCCAGUAUACGCACCCUAGUGAGAUAAACUGCUUGAUAGGUCGCGGUGACAAGUAUUCCGAGAAGAUUGUGCGAGUGCAGAAAUUUGUUCCUCAAUCUGCCCUUGAAAUGGAUCGCAUGGAG